AUUACUGGAGGACCUGCGAAAGCAGAAACGAAGGAGAUGGCAAGGCAUAAGAAGAAUCCGGCCAUUGGAACGAAAAAAACGGUUUAUGCAUCCGAGAUUAUCAUCGAUCAACAGGACGCGAGUACUCUCGCGAUUGAUGAAGAGAUUACACUGAUGGACUGGGGCAAUGCUAUCGUCCGCGAGAUCAAUAAGGCCGACAACGGCGUGGUACAGAACAUUGUCAUGGAACUGCAUCUAGCGGGUGACUUUAAGAAGACGGAAAAGAAAAUAACGUGGCUCGCUUCAACUACGGACUCACCGAAGCUCAUAUCCGCUAGUCUCGUUGACUUUGACUACCUUCUCACAAAGAAGAAGAUUGAAGAAAACGACGAUUGGCAGCAAUAUGUCACGCCAGUGACAGAGUUCCGGAAAGAUGCACUCAUCGACAGUAAUUGUGCCGUGCUCAAGCCGGGCGAG